ACUAGCAUCCCAAUGUAGGAUACAUGGCACAAGAUACAUCGUCGAGGAACAACAGCAAGGAUUGAGUCUAACAUCAGAACAAAGUCAUCAACAACAAAGUGACCUUGAUGUCCCUCAAAGCCUCCAAGUGAUGCUGUAACCUACAGUAAUGAAACACUGUACUAUCAACAACAACAAUGGAACAAGAGUGCGACAAGUUCAACAGCUUUCUGACCUAUGAUCCUACACUAGGCAAUGUCCCAGCGAGCAGAUGCCCCCCAGUGUGGCGGGGUUGUGGUUGAGUUUGAGUCUGACAACAUCAGGGAUGCGAGAGCUCACAGAGCUAAAAGUAUACCAGGCUCAGCUCUUAUCUACCUCAAGGGUCCCAAGUUUCUCAUCUAUGUCAGUGGAGCGUUGUCAAUGUGGGGCGACCGCAUGUGGCACUUUGCAAUUUCUGUGUUCCUGAUUGAGCUGUAUGGCCGUAACCUGCUGUUGACUGCGGUGUUUGGGUUGGUAGUGGCUGGGUCAGUGCUCCUGCUAGGGGCUUUGAUUGGAGACUGGGUUGAUCGCAAUCCCAGGAAUAAAGUUGCACAUGCAUCUCUUUUCAUUCAGAACAUCUCAGUAACAAUAUGUAGCAUUGUGCUCAUGUUGGUGUUCUCAUAUAAGCAAAGGAUUGAACAGAUCUGGGAUGGAUGGCUUACUGUGGUUUGUUAUACGGUGGUGAUCAUCCUGGCAGAUGUGGCAAACCUUGCAAGCACAGCACUGACCAUUGCCAUUCAGAGGGACUGGAUUGUGGUUAUCACAGGCUACAACCGGGGUCACCUAGCUGGAAUGAAUGCAACAAUGAGGCGGAUAGAUCAGGUGACUAACAUCCUGGCCCCACUAGCAGUGGGACAGGUCAUGACCCUGGCCUCCAAUGUAGUUGGCUGUGGCUUCAUCCUGGGCUGGAACCUUGUGUCUCUCAUUGUGGAGUUCUUCUUCUUGUCACGAGUGUACCGCAUCGUCCCUGCCCUUUCAGUCAAACCACCAGUGGUGGAGGAGGAUCAGGUGUUUCUGCAGAGGAUGGAGAGGAGACCGUCACAAGGGGAAGGUAAUGUUGCACCACCUCAACCUCUGACCGAAGGUAACUGCAACACAAGCCUGAACCUCAAAGAAAUCACCAACCUGCCGCUGUGUUUCCGGAGGUUUCGCUGGCUGGUGAGCACCUGCAAGGACGGCUGGAGAGCCUACUAUCGCCAACCUGUCUUCCUGGCGGGAAUGGGUCUGGCUUUCCUCUACACCACAGUGCUGGGCUUUGACUGCAUCACCACUGGCUAUGCCUACACCCAGGGCAUAAGUGGCUCUCUCCUUAGUCUGCUGAUGGGUGUAUCAGCGAUCACAGGGCUGAUGGGCACUGUGAUGUUCACCAGACUCAGGAAGACCUAUGGUCUGGUUAACACAGGCAUCAUCUCAAGCUGCCUCCACCUUGGCUGCUUACUGCUGUGUGUUUGCUCUGUGUUUGCCCCUGGCAGCCCUAUGGAUCUUAGCUUGCUGAUGCCCUACAUUACCUCCAACUCCUCCACUGAGCUUGGGAUGGCAAGCCAAAGGCAAAAACACACUUAUCCACUGAGGGGAGGCGGCAAUCAGCCACUGCUACCCGACCGCUCCUCCAUCCACUGGACCAACAAUACUGUGCUCUUUGACAACGUGCCCUCUGACACAGCGCCGGAUUCUUACAUCUCCAUUAUCCUUCUGUUCUUGGGGGUCAUCACAGCACGAAUCGGUCUCUGGUCCUUUGACCUGACGGUGACCCAGCUCCUGCAGGAGAACAUCUGUGAGUCAGAGAGGGGUGUGGUAAAUGGGGUGCAGAGCUCUAUGAACUACCUGAUGGAUCUGCUUCACUUCAUCAUGGUGAUCUCCGCUCCGCAGCCACAGCACUUUGGCAUCCUGGUUAUCAUUUCUGUAUUAUUCAUCACCACCGGGCACACUAUGUACUUUCUGUACGCACACAAAGCCAAGAGAAAACACCGCCUUGACACAUAAGGAGCAGUCAUGGCCCAAACAUCCAGGCAUGGGAUGCUUACCAGCACUGACUCCACUCUGCACCUGUGAAAUGAAUGUCUCCCUCCAGUUCCUUCAGCAAUCAUAUUGCAACACUCCACUCCCGACUUAGCCAUUCAUUUCAGCACAACACAGCAAGUGCCUGUCCCACCUCGGUUGCUUUCUUCCUGCAGGGCCAUGUGCCGUAGCAGCAACAACAAGAACUCAGGUGAAAUAGAGUGGGAGACACGCUCUCCCUUCGUGUACAUAAGUUGAGGUGGCUACAAUAACUGCAGCAAUGGCACCUCCAGGGGAAAUGUCCUAAUCUAAUGUACAACAGGACAUGAAGGUAGGAGCUAAGGCACCAGACAUGCCUUUGCAAACCCUGUAGGAUUACUGCAAGACUUUCAUCAAACAAGCCUGUUAACUUACAUAGCUUUUUGGAUGGGAGGGUGGAUGGAUGGAGAGCUUUUUCUAACCUUCACUCAGUAAAGAACUGGUGUUGUGAGGAAAACUUAACAGUGACACAUGAAAAUGCAAACAAGACGAGACGGUACUUCUACAAGUGGCAUCGAUGUUACUGAUCCGUCCACUUGGAAAUAUUCCAGGAUGUCCAAAAAGGAACAUAAAGGGAACUUGAUGUGAGAUUGUUUGAUUAAAAAUAAAGCAGAAAGGCAGCCCCCCUUUUAAUGGACAUAAGUGAAAGGACAAAGUAUUUCCUUCCCCUGGUUUGUUUCUCUGUGGAUGAAUCAAGCAAACAUUUGCCUUUCUCUUAUGCAUGUAAACCUGAUUAAUGGAUUACAACAACAAAAAAUUAUCACAUCACGUCAUGUACUUUAGUCAAACUUUAAUACAAACUAUUUUAUUCUAAUUGCUUGUGUACUUCGAUAAAUAAAAAUAGUUUCCAAACUUUCUUUCCUUCCCAUAUAAAGAGUGAUAUUAAUAGUUUUAUAGAAAUCCAAAAGGAAAGCAAUCUUCAUUUUGUGCCAUGUUUGAAAUCAGUGAUAGCUAUAUGUUAAUGGCAAAUGUUGCUAUUUGCAGUUUUGUAUUAGACUUUGCUUCAUUCUUUUGUAGUUCUGACGAACUAAACAUUACCUUACCUCAACUAAGAAGAAGCCCACUGUUGGGAAUAAGACGUGGGAAUUACUCUCAGCUACUGUAUGUUUUCAUAUCUCCUUCAUGUACAGUGGAAAUAACAUCAAAGUUUAACCUUCUGUCACACAACCAGCAACACAUCUCAAUAUAUUUGUAUAAUUUCCCUGUGAACUCUCUGUAUUGUAUGUUGUUCUUAUUUUUCAGACUGAUAAUUAUGAUAAUAAUAAAGAUGACUGAAGAUGA